AUGCUGGCCGGCAUUGCCUAUGAGGCCCUGCUGGGAGGGUGGCUAGACGUGGCCCUCAUAUUCGUCUUUACAGCUUGGCGGGAGGCGGCAUUGAUCCGCUACGCCAUCAUCGCUGUAGGGUCCUCACUAUUGAACAACCAUGUCACCGGGUUGGCAGUUGUCUGGCCAUACAUCAGACCCUUGGCUAUCGUCUUCUUUGCUUUCCUGGUUCUGGGGAGCUGGUUACACAGGACCCCUGCCAAGCAAACGACGUGGGCGGGAUUGGGGAUGCCCCUCCUCAUCCCAGCCAAGACGACACAUCGGAGAACCUUCCCCGCCAAGCAUGGCUUCUCAUACUCCUAUCUUGUUGUCGGCGUUCCAGUCGGUUGGACCGGGUCCGCCGGCGGUAUGGUCUCUUCAGGGACUGAAUUGGACUCUUCCGGUGGCGGCAACGCCAUUUCGUGGCUGAGAGCGAAGACCCGUGGGACACGUGCUUGGUUCCACGUCAACGAACGCAGACCACCUUGGGAGAGAGCCUGGGACCCUUGA